CCUCACGCCACCAUCCGAUCCUAUAGAAAAUGUCGACAUCGACCAAGACUCACUUGCGAGCGCUCCGCCGGACUUCCCUCAGCUGGCCUCCCGCUCCACCGUCUGCCUGCCCAGAAUCCAGCGGGGUAGAUGUCUUUUCUCUAGAGCUGGGGAAGUAUUUCCUCGACCUCCGUAUCUAUAACGAUGCCUCGGGACCGAGUGGACGGAAGGGAGAGGUGGAUUGGGCUAUGGCUGGGGUCAGGCAGGUUCUGGAUGGGAGUGCCGAAGACAAGACGAAACUCAGGUUCAUAACCAUCAUCUCCUCCCGUACCCCUCACCCAUCGCCCAUCCUACCGCUCUCCGGAUCGGAAAGCUUCGCCAACCCUGAAGAGACCGAGAGCCCGUUGGAUACUUCGACUCCGGACGACGUCGUCAUACAACCUUUGCCCCAAGACUCUUCUCAUCCCGAUUCGAACCCGACGUACUUGGAGUCCGGAUGUAUGCCCAAUCCCACGGUGAUCCCCGCUUCAGACGAAUAUGUCCCGUUCGAAGAGACUUGGGAGAUCCUUCCUCUUCAAACCUCGACCUCCUCCUCCUCGUCUGAAUCUGAAACUACCUCCAAGGUUUUCCUGUUGGAAUCCCUCACCGCCAACACCGAGGAAGGGGGCAAAGCCUAUUUCGCCCAACUCGGACGGUAUCGGUUGGCGUUAUCCGAUCCGUGUGAUGGGACGGGUUCCGGGAAUGGAUUUCAUGGGUGGAUAGACGAAUGCGAUGGGGCUUCGAGCGAGUGGGUCGAAGUUAAGAGCAUCUCACAGGCGAGCAGAAAGGCCAUUGAAGGUGAAGGGGUUGAGGAGGUCCUCGAGCGGGUGGGCGAGGGAGAUAUGGUAUAUUGGGCAGGGAGGGAAUGGGUCGUCAGGGUCAAGACGGCCGUUUGAGAAGGUGAUUGAAGGCGAGGGCUGGCGAUAUUCUAG